UCGUAAACCAACUAGCCUCUUGUGGCAGCGUGCAUUUAUUUGUUUCAUGCGCUCCCACUGCUCUCCGACGGCCCACUCGCGUCGUUGCGCAAUGGAACCUUUCCCAAAGCUUGCAUAAGGUGCGACUUUUCUUAUCUUUAGAACCGACGUGAAAAAGUAAAGCGUAGCCAGUGACAAGUAUUUCAGUGAUCUCCAUAUUGCUCGUUCCCUUCAGUUUUACCCCAGUCUAAUUUCUUAACGAAAAUCAUGGAAAAUCGCAACAAACUGUUGGCCGUUUUGGUGCACCUGACAGGGGCUGUUUACAUUGUGAUGAUAGUCCUCAACGCGUUAGGUGGCAUCGGCUACGAAGCUAUUUUUAGCCAGAAUACAGGACAGGUUUCCGAUAAAUAUACGGUGUAUAUCACGCCCGCGGGAUUCACGUUCACAAUAUGGAGUGUCAUUUACAUUUUCCUCGGAGCCGGCGCAAUCUACAGUUUGUCUACCGUGUACCGGAAAAGCGGGCCAAAUAGCAGAGUUUACGUCCAACCCAUUAUUCUAAAUUGGCUUUUUUACGUGAUGCUGACAAUCAAUUACGGCCUAAAUACUGCUUGGAUCUUUUUAUGGGACUCGGAAUGGAUUGUUGCAGCAAGCAUAUUCCUCUUAUUUAUCACCUACACUGGAUGGCUUGCAUUUACAAUUGCCUGCAGAAGGGCGAAAAGGACAAUGAAAAAGAAACAAGAAGGAGUUAUUAAAAGCGCAGUAUACAUGGAAGUACGACUGCAAAGAAUAUUUGUACAAAAUGGUAUUGCUCUAUACUCUACGUGGACGACUAUCGCCUCUCUACUCAAUAUUAACAUCGCCUUCCAGUAUUUUGGCAACUGUGACGCAGAAACAGUAAGUUUAAUAUGCACAGCCGUCCUUUUGGCAUUCCUAAUAGGAUGGUUCAUACUUGAAAAUACUUGGCUCGACUCUUACGUUCGUUACACCAUAGCUCAAUAUCCUGUGAUUAUAUUUGCUACGAGUGGAAUUCUAAGUAAACAAGCCGAACAAAACCGUCCCGACGGACCUGUUCCAGAGAGCGUUCAAAUUUUGACAUGGAUUAUUCUUGGUGUUGCUUCAGCUCAGUUAGUCGUUCGAUUGAUUCUCGUCAUUUACCGCUAUCGCACUCAACCCUUGUUCAAAAGCCAAUCAAUUUCAGCACGCGAAGAAAUUCUCACUGUACACAAUUAAUCGAUGCUCCCAUCGUGAACAAGUUCCCAGACAUUCAGCAACAUAAAUAUUUUAAUAUCAAUAAAGAAUAUUUAAAUCUCCUCCCAAAUGGGUGACAUUAUGAGACGAAAGCUUAUGUAAGUUCAAAAAGGUUCUGCUUACAGAAUCAGUAACAAUCCAUCGCAAUGCUAUAUUCAAAUUAUAUCUACAUUCACCUGCUAUUAUCAAGCAAACCCUAAUCAAAUGAAUCAAAUUUACUGUUGUAUUUAAUGCUAGUGACAGAUUAAAAUAUACUUGUAAAUAUAACCAAGUUAAUAAAGCUCAA